AUGCGAGGGCUACUGGCUAGAGGACGGAGCCGGCCAAAGAAGUUAGUCCGCCAUCGCCAGCAACAUCCAGUGCGGUUGGCAACACUUAACGUUGGGACGCUUACUGGAAGAAGUCGCGAACUGGCAGACAGUCUCAGAAAACGCCGAGUUGACAUAUGUUGUGUACAGGAGACUCGCAGGAGAGGCUCCAAGUCAAGGGAAUUAGGCGAUGGCUACAAGCUCAUCUACACCGGCACAUCAAAACGCAAUGGUGUCGGUGUCAUAUUAAACGAGACGUUUAGAAGCAGCGUCACAGUGGUGAAUCGACUAUCGGAUCGCCUAAUGGAGUAA